AUGCAAGGUCCUGUAGAGGGAUUUGCUCAAAAGAUUGAUGCGGGUCGGAAAUGGUGGGAAUGCUUGCGAUAUUCACUAACCACGAUGCAGAAAGGAGAAGAAUUUGCAGACAAAGCGAAGAACUCGGUGAAGAACGAGGGAAAAUCCGGCAGCGGCGGCCUGGACAACCUCAAACAGGCUGCCUCGGAGGCGUAUCAGGACCUCCAGAACAAGGACUACAAGGGUGCUGCCGAGAAGAUCCAGAACCAGAUGAAAAAAUGA